CAGGCGGGAGGCGGCAGCGGUUGGAGGGUUCGCCGGGCUUUGCAUCGAGGACUUCGGCGGCGGCGCCUCAGGCACCUAGGCUCUGACACGAUGAGGCGCGUGGUACGACAAAGCAAGUUCCGGCAUGUAUUUGGACAAGCAGUGAAAAAUGACCAGUGCUAUGAUGACAUCCGGGUUUCUCGUGUGACCUGGGAUAGUUCCUUUUGCGCUGUCAAUCCUAGAUUUGUCGCCAUAAUCAUAGAAGCGAGUGGAGGAGGAGCAUUCCUGGUGCUCCCUUUGCACAAGACAGGUCGAAUUGACAAAUCCUAUCCUACAGUGUGUGGCCACACAGGACCAGUGCUGGAUAUAGAUUGGUGCCCACAUAAUGAUCAAGUCAUUGCCAGUGGUUCAGAGGAUUGCACAGUCAUGGUAUGGCAGAUCCCAGAAAGUGGACUUACCCUUUCUCUCACUGAACCUGUGGUGAUCUUAGAAGGCCACUCGAAGAGAGUUGGCAUCGUGGCCUGGCAUCCGACAGCCCGCAACGUUCUUCUUAGUGCAGGCUGUGAUAAUGCCAUCAUCAUCUGGAAUGUGGGGACUGGGGAAGCCCUUAUCAACUUGGAUGAUAUGCACUCAGACAUGAUCUACAAUGUGAGCUGGAACCGGAAUGGCAGUCUGAUCUGCACAGCUUCCAAAGACAAGAAAGUGAGAGUCAUUGAUCCCAGGAAGCAAGAGAUUGUUGCUGAGAAGGAGAAAGCACACGAAGGAGCCAGACCCAUGAGAGCCAUCUUCUUGGCUGAUGGUAAUGUCUUCACCACCGGGUUCAGCCGCAUGAGUGAGCGGCAGUUGGCGCUCUGGAGUCCGAAAAAUAUGCAGGAACCAAUUGCUCUUCAUGAGAUGGACACAAGCAAUGGGGUGCUAUUGCCUUUCUAUGACCCCGACACCAGCGUCGUUUACCUGUGUGGAAAGGGUGACAGCAGUAUCCGCUAUUUUGAGAUCACGGAUGAAUCCCCAUAUGUUCACUACCUCAACACAUUCAGCAGCAAGGAGCCUCAGCGAGGAAUGGGUUACAUGCCCAAGAGGGGACUUGAUGUUAACAAAUGUGAGAUUGCCAGAUUCUUCAAGCUUCAUGAAAGAAAGUGUGAACCUAUUAUCAUGACUGUUCCCAGGAAGUCUGACCUUUUCCAAGAUGACCUGUAUCCUGACACAGCGGGGCCUGAAGCUGCUCUGGAGGCAGAAGAGUGGUUUGAGGGGAAGGAUGCCGAUCCAAUCCUCAUCUCCUUAAAGCAUGGGUACAUUCCAGGCAAAAACAGGGAUCUCAAAGUAGUGAAGAAGAACAUUCUGGACAACAAGCCCACUGCAAACAAGAAGUGCGACUCGAUAAAUGUCCCCAGGAAAACCGCAGACACGGCCACUGUGCAAAAUGAAGCCAAGUUGGAUGAGAUUUUAAAAGAGAUCAAAUCUAUAAAAGACACAAUCUGCAAUCAAGAUGAGCGUAUUUCCAAGUUAGAACAGCAGAUGGCGAAGAUAGCAGCUUGAAGGUCCCGCCCUUACCCCUCCAAAAAAUGGGAGCAAGAACUCGUGCUUGGUAGCUGGUUGUUGGUGUGGUCCCAGGGAGGGCGGAAAGGAGGCACUGCCAUUUGGAGACAUUCCAUUUCAGAUUUGUCAGCCAGCGAUAGGCCACAUUCCAGUAAGAACUCAAUCCGUCUCCCAAAUUUGCAAAAACGAGCUGAGCUUUUUAUCAAAGUUUUUUUUCAUGUUUUAAGUGUUAUGUGACUUGUUGAACUUUUAAAAGACAAAAGUGCUACUUUUAAAAUCCCAGAUGUUCUGAAUUUUAGAAAACAAACCAGUUCUGAUUCAGUGUUGUGCCCAAGUACCUUUUUCUUUCUUUUUUUUUUUUUUUUUUUUAUGACUAGGGACCAAUGCCACAUUGCUUUUUAUAUUUCUUUCUUUUUUCAUGUUGCCAAAACCAAAAGUAGCUUUUUUCUUUGUAUUUUGCUACUUUGCAGUAUUUGUGUGUGGUUUUUUUCCUUGGUUUGAAAGGGACAGCACUGUGUAUGUUUAUAAACGAAAUGAAGAUGAGAUACUAUUUUGUAUAAACACUCACCUGAGAGCAAUCAGCAGUAGCCACACGGUGCUGGCUCAUUCACAGCACAAACCUGGUCAUCUUAAUGACUGUACGAAAGGAAGACUUGAAAAAUCACGUGGACCACAUUACCACCCCUCAUUGCGUUGAGUCUUCUGAUCAAAAGAGCUCACAUCCUUUCUUCCUUGCUUGCUUUUCUCUUUUCUAGAAAUUGGGUGGUUGUACCAGAUGGAGUUUUGCUUGAUUCUGUGCUUCAGAUUACACUCUAACCCAAA